CUGAGUGGCCGCUUAGGCGGCGCUUAAACGCUAGGCGGCACAUACCCAUCCCGAUUUCACUGUAAACGGCUGUAUUAUGCGGGUGGUUUAGUAAGGCGGGUGGAACGGCGAUUAGGCGGGGUAAAUCGGUUUAGUCCGCCUAGAGUCCCUUUAUUUAACGACACCGUUUUAAGUUUUUUAGUGAAAUAUUUAAGCUGCGUUGUUUUGAGCUAACCUAGAUAGAGAAAAAAAGCCACACAAAUAUAGAAGCUAUUGUUCAUCUUCUUCGAUUUUGAAGUUCUCGUAAAGCGAUCCUAACUGCUUCUCAAUCUCCAAUACUUAGUGCUCCAAAAACAAUUCUCGUAUGAUGGCUUCGUCAUCAACAUCAGAUUCUACUACAGUUCCUGAGACUACAAAUUUGCAGAGAAAAUCAAAUGAUGUUGGCUGGGAGUUUGGAAUGUUGGUAAAUCCCAAAAAUUUGGACAAAAUGAAAUGCAAAUUAUGUGGAAAGGAGUUUUCUGGAGGAAUACAUAGAUUGAAGCAACAUGUUGCUAGAAUACAAGGGAAUGUUGCACCUUGCCCAAAAUCUAAAAAAGAAGACCAGGAAAAGUGCAAGUUAGCAAUUCUAGAAGCAAAAAAUAAGAAGAAAAGAGUUCGAAUGGCAGAUCUGGAAACUAGAAAGACGGUAAAUAUUGAUGAAAACCAAGAGGGGGAUGAAGAAGUUAUUGAGGUAGAAGGGAUGGGAGCAAACAAAAGUGCUCGCAUGCUUGGUCCUAUAGAUAUAUUUACUUCAAGCAUCAAUCCUGAAACUCCUAAAGGUCCAAUAUUGACACAACAACAACAACAUAUCAAGAAUGUUAUUGCAAAGGAUAGAUUACAUGUGGUGCAUCAAUAUGUUGUUAGAUGGGUGUAUUCUCAUGGCAUUCCUUUUAAUGCUAUUGCAAAUGAUGAUUUUAAGAGAAUGCUUGAGGCUGCUGGACAAUUUGGACCAGGUGUUACUCCACCUAGUCAAUAUCAGUUGAGGGAGCCUUUGUUAAAGGAAGAGGUUGAUCGAGUGAAAGGGUUUGAUGAAAGAACAAGAAGAUGAGUGGAAAGUGAACGGUUGUUCCGUUAUGACAGAUUCUUGGUCAGACAGAAAAAGAAGAUCAAUCAUGAAUUUGUGUAUUAACUGCAAAGAAGGUACCAUGUUUCUCUCCUCUAAAGAUUGCUCUGAUGAUUCCCAUACAGGUGAAUAUAUAUUUGCGUAUGUCAAUAAGUGCAUCGAAAAAUUAGGUGGAGAUCAUGUAAUUCAAGUAGUAACAGACAAUGCCACUAACAACAUGGCUGCUGCAAAGUUGUUAAAAGAGGUGAGACCCACCAUAUUUUGGACUUACAAUUACCUAACGAUCAUUGCGGGAUAAGU